AUGUCCCUCCAAGGAUACGUAAACCGGAAGGUGUUGGUUUUGACUAGUGACUCGAGAACAUUGGUGCUCUCCGAAACAACAGAACGCAUUAUCAGACCUCCAGAUGACCCCGAAGCGUCGAGCGAGAUUCCUCAUGGGUUGUACUUGAUAAGAGGGGACAAUGUGGUGGUUGUUGGGCUGGUGGAUGUGGAAAUGGAUGCGAGUAUUAAUUGGUUGGAAGUUAGGGGGAGUGUUAUUGGGGGAGUGAAACAUUCGUGA